CUUCAACGUCUGUGGCACAUAGUAUAAAACACAUUCACGACUCAGAGUCGCCGAGGUCGUAUUUCACUGCUAUUUGGGCGCAGGCAACUCACGGACACGACUCCAACGACUCCGAGAGGCUGCGCGAGGAGCACACGAAAAAUUUCAAAGCUAGACGUGCUAUUCUGCUGUAUCACACUGUCGGGUGCUCCCCAGCUUCCUCGCCGAUGAGUCCGGAUGAUUGACCGGGUUGCCCCCAAGCCAGAAGUUGGGCGUCCGGACCGAAAGCUGGGAUAAAUCGUCGUGUUAUUUUGGUCAAUUUCCGUCCGGAUCGCAGACUAGUCUCUAGGCAUUCUGGGUGAAUCCCGGCACCAUGUGGCUUCUAAUCGCGUUGCGCUGCUUGACGGCUCAGACGGCUCAUUCGUCUACUUCCAACAGUGCGAUAUGGCUACCAGAGCUCCAGCGACUUCGAAGUUGCACCUGCAACACAGCGAGGAUGAGGCGACUCUAGCCAAGCUAGGAUACAAGCAGGAGUUGUGCAGGGAAUUUACUCCGCUAGAGGUGUUUGCACUUGCAUUCAGCUAUACAGGACUACUACCUGGUGUAGCCUCCACGCUCUUUUAUUCCAUACCAAAUGGUGGGCCUGUCGCUAUGGUUUGGGGAUGGGCAAUUGCUUGCCCUUUCAUCAUGUGCAUCUGUUUGGCGCUGUCAGAACUCGCGUCAGCGGCGCCUACUUCUGGUGGCCUAUACUAUUGGACUUACUCCCUUGCUUCCCCGCGGUGCCGCAAUUUUCUGUCUUGGAUAGUUGGCUAUGCAAACACCAUAGAGAAUAUCACGGGAGUCGCUUCCAUAAACUGGGCUUGCGCGAUUCAAAUCACAGCAGCGAUCGGGAUCGCCUCUAACGAGUCAUAUGUGACUACAAAUGAACAGCUCUACGGUAUAUACGCAGCUCUUGUACUGUCACAAGCUGUCCUCGUGAGCCUGGGUACCAAAGUCUUGGCAAGACUGCAGAAACCGUACAUGUUGGUAAAUUUGUGCCUGUGCUUGUUAGUCAUUAUCGCGCUUCCGAUUGCAACGCCGCACGAAUAUCGAAACACUGCAAUUUUUGCGCUAGGGAAUUUCACGAAUUUGGACGGCUGGCCAUCUGGAUUCGCAUUUACCUUGAGCUUAAUGGCUCCUCUUUAUACAACAGGGGGUUAUGACGCUAGCGUCCACAUGAGCGAGGAGGCCUCGAACGCCGCCGUUGCGAUACCAUGGGCGAUCACCGGUUCCAUUGCCAUGGCAGCCGUACUUGGUUUCGGAAUCAACAUUACAAUUGCCUUUUGUAUGGGCACCGAUCUCGUCGGUAUCUUAAGUAGCCCUAUAGGCCAGCCGAUGGCACAAAUCUUAUACAAUUCGCUCGGACAAAGAAUGGCCUUGGGUAUAUGGUGUCUCAUCAUCUCAGCGAUGUAUAUGGGGGCAUCGAACGGCCUCCUGGUCGGCUCUCGCCAGACGUUUGCAUUUGCUCGUGAUGGAGCCAUCCCAUUUUCACGAUAUCUAUACCGGAUCAACGGCUACACAAAAACACCAGUCAAUACGGUUUGGUUCGAUGCCGCCUGUACUCUGGCAAUUGGACUUCUGGCUUUCGUGAGCACCCAGGCCAUCAAUGCGGUAUUCACGAUUGCUAUCUCUGCGUCGUAUGUCUCUUUCAUAACGCCAAUCGCAACCCGCUUUGCGUUUAAGAACAAUUUUAAACCCGGCCCAUUUCAUCUUGGGAAACUGAGCUUUCCGAUUGCUGCGAUCGCUGUGUCGGGGAUGGUUUUCAUGAUCAUCGUUUUCUUCUUUCCCUCCACCCCAAAAACAACCGCGCAAGAGAUGAAUUAUACGGUCGUUGUCCUUGGAGGGUACAUGUUCCUUGCUGUUUCCUGGUAUUAUUUCCCGGUGUACGGAGGCGUGCAUUGGUUCGAGGGACCCAUAUCUAACGUUACAUCGGGCAUCGCAGGCGAAAACGGAGACGGAGGCGAGGAUUCCAUGAAGGAGAAGAAGGAACAACGUGAGGCAGAAUUCUAUGUUUCAGUGGCUGAUGUAUAAGUGGUGUUCGCGUGCUGUCGUAAAAUGGUCGAAUAUUGCGCGUCAGAGCCUGGUGAAGACCAUCAAGAAAACAUAAGAGUCUACAUACUGCCGAUGCUAGUGAGCCAUGUAGUAGCUAUGUAUUGUGGACGGCGAAUAGGGAGUUGUCUGCCUAUAGAACGAUGUACUAACCCUUGUCACUGACGUGGCGCAGCAGUACCGAAAGCGACAGUGACUUUCACCUCCUCUGACAGAGCUUCCCCAACAUCUGCUCCAGGACCGAAACCAGAUAUACAAUUGCCCACACGGUGACUCCCGUCUUCUCAAUCGGACCGUGGUCAGCUGAUCUGGUGAAUCCGCCCGAAUGUUCUUGCAUGCCGCGGACCCUGAUCUUCUCAUUUUCUCCACUGCGUAAGAACUUUAUGCCGCCCG